AUGGGCCAUGGGGUUUGGAGGUUUAUUUGGGCUAGGGCCAUGACAAUGAUUAUUGAUAAUCAUGGCAAAGAAAACGCAUCAGAUGAAGAGGAAUAUAACCUGGUUUGUGAGGGGCAUCAGAUGAAGAGGAAUGUGAAAGUUAGUUCAGAUAACAGUAAUGUGAAAGUUAAGGGAGAGCUCGAAGAUCCCUUUCAACCAAAUGCUGAAUGCGAGGAUCCAAGAUGCCAUGUCUGGGAGCAUGUCGGCUGUGUCAUUAUCCCGGAGAAGCCUAUGGAUGGAAAUCCACCGCUUCCUGAUUCAUUUUACUGUGAAAUAUGCUCUUACCCGAGCUGA